CCAGGUGCGUGUCGGGUUGGGCGGCUGAGCCCUGGCGCUUGCCCCCGGGAAGACAGCAGGGGCGGUUGAGAAGUGAAGUCUUGGCCAGACUUUGCUUCUUGCCAGGAAAUCGGCGAAGGCGGCGGCGGCGGCGGACGCGGCGCCAGCUGUCUCCGUUCCCGGUCGAGUGGAGGCCGCCUCGCUCCCGGCUCUCUCAGCGGGCCAGGGAGAGCGGAGCUGGCUCUGGGCUGCGGCGUUGGGAGCCGGUGCGCGCCCUCGGACAGCCGCGCUAUCCCAGUUUUUUUUAUUCUCAUUCAUGAGAGAGGGGAAUGGAGACAGAGGAAGAAACAUUGAUGUGAGAGAGAAACAACGUUCAGUUGCUUCCUGCAUGCACCCCGACCAGGGAUCCAUCCUGCAACUUAGGCAUGUGCCUUGACUGGGAAUCGAACUGGCAGCCUUCAGGUCUAUGGGACAACACUCCAACCAAUUGUGAGACACCAAUAUGGGAGCAGUCAAUAGUCUAGGGCCAGCUGAAGCUAAAAAGUAAAAUGAUUGGGAAGAGGCCAGAAACCCUUGAUUUUAAUCAAAUACUGUAUUAAAGGAAACCAAACCUGAAGUGAAAGUGGAAAUUAACAAAUGAAGAUACAGAAAGUACUUUGGUUGAUUCAAAAUGGGAACAACAAGUGAUGAGAUGGUGUCUGUGGAACACUCCUCUUCCUCCUCCUUCAAUCCUCUAUGUUUUGAAUGUGGCCAGCAGCAUUGGACAAGAGAGAAUCACCUGUAUAAUUAUCAGAAUGAAGUGGAUGAUGACCUGGUCUGCCAUAUUUGCCUUCAGCCUCUAUUGCAGCCACUGGAUACUCCCUGUGGACACACAUUCUGCUGCAAGUGCCUCAGAAACUUCUUACAAGAGAAAGAUUUCUGUCCAUUGGACCGCAAAAGACUUCACUUUAAGUUGUGUAAAAAGUCUAGUAUUUUAGUUCAUAAGCUCCUGGACAAAUUAUUAGUGUCAUGUCCAUUUUCUUCCAUGUGCCAAGAUGUAAUGCAGCGCUGUGAUCUGGAGGCACAUCUUAAAAACAGAUGUCCAGGAGCUUCUCAUCGGAGAGUUGCCCUAGAGAGAAGAAAAACUAGUAAAACUCAGACAGAGACUGAGAAUGAGAAUGGAACCACUAUCCUAGAUCUCCCAGGUACCCUAUCACCCGAAACAGACUGCUCAGGGACAGGCACAGUGCCCAUUGAGCGGAACCUGACCUCAGCCUCUCUUCCUGCAUGGACUGAGGAGCCAGGCCUGGACAACCCUGCCUUUGAGGAGAGCGCUGUUGCUGACGCCACACUACAGCCACCUGGUUUACCAGAAGGCGAAAUUACCACGAUCGAAAUUCACCGUUCUAACCCUUAUAUUCAGUUAGGAAUUAGCAUUGUGGGUGGCAAUGAAACACCACUGAUUAACAUUGUUAUUCAGGAAGUCUAUCGGGAUGGGAUAAUCGCCAGAGAUGGGAGACUCCUUGCUGGAGAUCAGAUUCUUCAGGUCAACAACUAUGAUAUUAGCAAUGUGUCCCACAAUUAUGCCAGAGCUGUCCUUUCUCAGCCCUGCAGUACCUUGCAGCUCACUGUUCUUCGAGAGAGACGCUUUGGUAACCGAGCAUAUAACCAUUCUGAUGGGAACUCUCCACGAGAAGAGAUUUUCCAUGUGGUUCUUCAUAAACGGGACUCUGGUGAACAGCUCGGCAUCAAACUCGUACGAAGGACAGAUGAACCAGGAGUUUUUAUUCUUGACUUGUUGGAAGGGGGGCUUGCUGCGCAGGAUGGGAGGCUCAGCAGCAACGAUCGUGUGCUUGCCAUCAAUGGGCAUGACCUGAAGCACGGGACUCCUGAGCUUGCCGCCCAGAUCAUUCAGGCCAGUGGAGAAAGGGUGAAUUUAACAAUUGCUAGACCAGGGAAAGCCCAGCCUGGUAACACUGUCAGAGAAGCAGGAGCUCCGAGCAGCAGCCAGCACCAUGCACAGGCGCUCUAUUACAGCAGACCCAGCUCACAUAAGGAUCUUACCCAGUGUGUUACAUGUCAAGAAAAACACAUUACUGUAAAGAAGGAGCCACACGAAUCCCUUGGAAUGACAGUCGCUGGGGGCAGAGGAAGUAAGAGUGGCGAGCUGCCCAUCUUUGUGACCAGUGUGCCGCCUAAUGGCUGCCUUGCACGCGACGGCAGAAUCAAGAGAGGGGAUGUAUUGUUGAAUAUCAAUGGCAUUGAUUUGACCAGUUUAAGUCACAGUGAGGCUGUUGCUAUGCUGAAAGCCAGUGCUGCAUCCCCCACUGUUGCCCUUAAAGCGCUUGAGGUCCAAGUUGUUGAGGAGGCCACGCAGGCCGCGGACGAGUCGCCAAGCACGUUCAGUGAAAAUGAGUAUGAUGCCAGCUGGUCCCCAUCGUGGGUCAUGUGGCUUGGGCUUCCAAGUUCCCUUCAUAGCUGCCAUGAUAUAGUUUUACGACGAAGCUAUUUGGGAAGUUGGGGCUUUAGUAUUGUUGGUGGAUAUGAAGAGAACCACACCAAUCAGCCUUUCUUCAUUAAAACCAUUGUCUUGGGAACUCCUGCUUAUUAUGAUGGAAGAUUAAAAUGUGGAGAUAUGAUCGUGGCCGUGAAUGGCCUAUCAACUGUGGGCAUGAGCCAUUCUGCGCUAGUUCCCAUGUUGAAGGAGCAGAGGAACAAAGUCACUCUGACCGUUAUUUGCUGGCCUGGCAGCCUGGUGUAGAUUUUGAAAUUAAUUUUGAGUUAAACAUCUUUCCUUUUUUAGGUUUUGGAAAGAAAACCCUUUCAUUUUAUUGUGUUUCUAGUUGUUCAGAGCUGCUGACACAGCUGGUAUUUGCAGGGCCCAAAACCACUAACGUGUUCUUCUGUUGUUGCUUAAGUGGUUUUCCUCAAUUUAGCCACAUUUCUUUCAUCUUGGAAACAGUCUUCUAAUCCUGUGAGUUUAUAUUUUCAAAAUGUGACCUAUAACAAUGAAGUCUGCCCAAACUGUGACCCAGCCAGCUAGAUUAGAGGACUUCUGGUGGCUCUUUGUUUUCACUGACCAAGUCAUAAAAUGAGUUACACACACUCAAGACCAGUGUCAGUGAAGGGACUAGCAGUGACAUAUGCUCUUGCUGAUGUACCAAUGCUGCGAGUGGAUACCUUUUAAAUGUGGAUGGUAACUGUCUCCCAUUUUCCAUAGGUGCCAACAUUUCACAACUUCAUGCUGUUUAUAAGGAGAUUUUUCUUGCUCAUUUCUUCUUUAAUCUCUCAGUGUUCAUAGAUGAUGAAAAUAGAAGUUUAACACCACAAAAGAGAUUUAUAAAAAAUAACAUACCAUUAUUAGAAUAGUAGAGAAUAAAAGAUAAUUUUACCCAGCAACAGGAAUUUGGGAGAUAAUUAUAGUUUACUGCUCGAGAUGGUAAAAGCUGCAUUUACUUGAACAGUCCAAAAGCAUUAAAGAUUCAUUUCCAAAGAAAUGUUUUGUGUAGGAAAAUUUUGAAGCAGUCUUUGCUGAGAAUUAUUUUCUAGAGUUUGUAUUAUCCUUCUAUCAGCAAACUUAGGGGGAAAUGUUUCAGUAACUUAUGCAAUUACAUUAGAUGGUAAAGCUAAAACCAUAUUGCUAUUCAAUACACACUCAUAUAUCAGUUAAGUAGAAGCUAGACAUUUUUUAUCUUAUUCUGGUGAGAUUCUUGAGUGUUCUAGAAACCCUUACUUUCCCCCGUUAUUUCUUUACUUAUGAAUGUAAUUAUUUUAAGAAAAAGUGAAAAGUUCUAUGUUUUUUUAAAUCUGAAAUACUAGGUUUUAGAUGUGAAUAUCUUUCAAUCAGUUUUUGGUCACUUAGGCUAUUUCAUAUUUUUUGAGAUGUUGUGGAAACUAUGACCAGCCCAUUUUGUGUGUCUUUUAUUCAAUAUGGUUGUCCUUUGAACACAUAAAGAAGUGAAUAAGAGAAAGAUAUCCUUACAUUAUUAAUAUUAUACAUACUUGAAAAAAGUUUCAUUAGAAACCUAGUUCAGAAUCUGAGCUAAUUUACAAGUGACCUCUGUAAUAAAUGGUAUUGAUGAACAGAGAAUGUAUUUCAAAACACUACCAUGUAUUAUGAAGCAUGACCACUUUGUUUUCAAACUUAGCAGUUGUAUUGCUAGGGUUCAUUGUAUUCUAGCAUGUCACUGAUUUUUUCCGGUUAGUUUUAUAAUGAUUUUUUAAAAUAUAUCUCUUUUAAAUAAAUAAGAAAUGGAAACAGCAAUUGUUAAUAAUUUGUUCAACCCGUUAGCCACACUGUAGUUGACAGAUAACCAAGAUACAGUGGAGUGCCCCAUGCAGUAUAUUACUGUUACAUCGUGAUUGGCUUUGGAAGCAGUUUGAUAGUGAAAUGCUUUGAUAUUCAAACUGACACAUAACAAGUUCUUUCCUUACUCUCCAAGUAGAAUUUUGUAACCCACUUUGCUAUUUUUUUAAACAUUUUGUAAGAAUUUGUCAUUUAUUGGGGAGUGGCCGUCCAUCAACAAAUAUCCUAACUGCUACUUUGUUAUAUAUAAAAUACUUUUAUUGAACCCAAUGGUAUAAUUAUUUUGAAAGAAGAAAUUUUUUUCAAUACUAUUCAAUAUUUUUAUCAUGGA